UUCAUUGAUUAGAUAAGGUUAAAUAUUUAUCGCACUUUAAAUUACGAGGUGUUUGUCUAUGCGAUGAUUAUUAUUGUGACUAAACAUUUGCUACACUUAUAAGUCAUUUUUAAAUCACACUUUUCUCUCUCACAGUCGCUGUCAUACCAUUCAAUUGGAUUUAAUUCACUGAUUAUAACCAUAAUCAAUGGCUCAUAUAUAUCAUCAGACUCAAUACAGACCGCCGGGUGUUUGGCAACAGGCCUAUAGCGGUCAAGUGCCCAGCGGUGGACCCGUUUUGGGCGGUAAUGACACUAAUGGCGAAGCGCUAUACGUUGGCCGAGCCGUACAGGAAGGGGACACCAUUCCCGGAAAGGUGGUUCCGUCACACGGUGUGUGUUACGUGGCGUACGGGGGCGCCGAACACGGCCACCGAGACUACCAGGUGCUGACCAAUCCGAGCGGCUCUAACCUGGUGUGGGUGCCGGCGGCCAACGGCGAGAUACCGCUCGGCGCCCUUCAGGGCGGCCAACAGAGCGACGGCCAGAAGUUGUUCAUCGGCCGCGCCUACCAUUCGGGCUCAAUGGUGUUGGGCAAAGUGCACCCUGGUCAUAAUACACUCUAUGUCUCGUACGAUGGCCAAGAGGUGCCGAUCCAUAACUACGAGGUCCUAGUCUGCAGAGAUGUCUGCCAUUAGUUGAUCUCUUAAAGUGAUUCAUGAUUUACAAGUUUUUGCCGUUUAUUAUAAUUAAUAUUUGAUUACUAUUUUUGCCGACAAUUUCAGACAAUAUGAUAAAUUCUUUCCACUUUUAUUUAAUUAUUAUUAUUAUCUGCUUUUUAUGACUAAAUAUUUUCUGAUAUAAAUGUUUUAGUUAUAUUUAAUUACAAUUAUUAUAAUUUUAAUUACAAAAAUCUGUUUUUUCUUUUUAUUGGACUUAUUCUAAGACUUUUUCUUUUGAAUAUAAACACUAAUAAAUAUUUAAUUUAAAAUAUU